AUGACAGAGUUUUGCAAAAUGCAAGAAGAAGCAUUGGUGGCGCAAAUUCUAUCAAGGUUGCCUCCCAGAUCUCUAAUGCGAUUCAAAUGCAUCCGUAAGUCAUGGCAUGCACUCAUCAAUAGCCCUUGGUUUGCAUCCCGGCCAACACCUCCAAGUGUACAACAAACUCUCCUCCUCUACUCGAAUCCUAUUGAAGCGUUGCGCAUUAGAACCGAAGCUAACAAGGAGGAAAUUGUGUUCUCAUUUCUUAAUCUUCCUAAUAAUGCCGGUCAUUGUGAUGGGAUAAUUUGUCUGAAUCUUUAUACCGGCAACCUUGUGUUAUACAAUCCAGCAAACAAGGAAUUGAAAAUUCUUCCGAAACCAUGCCUUCCGGUUGAAGAUAAAGAUACAUUUAUAACUGUUCUGGGAUUUGGCUAUGAUUCCAAAUCUAAUGAUUACAUACUUGUUAAUAUUGCUGUUUAUGGUGAGGAACUCUUAGGAGACUACGAGAAUACCAUUCUUCAUAUUCCCAAGGCAGAAAUGUACACACUAGGUACUGAUUCUUGGAAAGAGAUCCAGACUGAUUAUCUAGAAACCGGAAGCGCAAUCUUUUGGCCUACUGAUUUCGAGAUGUACUUUCGGGGGAACUUUUAUUGA